AUGGACGACUACUUCGAGUGGUACAAUAUGAGUGACAUACAACGCGUUCGUUUUACCAAGAUGAAGCUCGUAGGAUCCGCAAGGAAGUAUUGGCAGUACGUCCAAACGAACCUUGAACGCCUAGGGCAACCUCCUGUCACUACUUGGGAGGAGAUGAAGUUGAAGCUUAAGGAAAAGUACGUGCCGGUCAGUCACUUAAGCAUGCUUUUCAACCAAUUGAACAACCUCAAGCAGGGAACCUCAUCGGCAGCCGACUACGUCUCUCGAUACGAUGACCUUCUGAUCCGCAAUGACUUAAAUGAGCCGAGUUUUGUGGUUAUUGAGAGGUUCAUCAGCGGCCUUAGGGAUAACAUACAGAGGGAGCUCAGAGUAAACCGUCCUUACACUUUAGAGGAAGCAUAUCAUAAGGCUAUCGACAUUGACUCCCUGCCUAAGUAUCCCUCUUUCAGGCGUCCCAGCUUCUCUGGAUUAGAGUCUCGUCCAACACGCAGCUCCACUGUUUUGGGCAAUCAGCGGGUAAGUCAACAACUUUCAGGACCAAGCGCUUCUAGGCCAAGAGAGUCAUCAGCCUCGAACGCUCGCACAGGUAGCUCAUCAAUAGAGUGUUUCAAGUGUCACUUUAAGGGACACAUUACUUCAAAGUGCCCACAACGUGCGUUGCUUAUCGAAUCUCAAGACGAUGCACUACUCGAGAGCGAUCCAGAUGUUGUCAUCAACCCUGUCGAUAUUCCUUCUGAUGUGGACGAAGAAAUUAAUUGUGAUGACAUGCCAUCAGGUCAUCUUAGAGUGAUGCGAUGCCUCCUAACUGUCCCAACGCCAGAUAAUUCAUGGAAACGGAACAACAUCUUCCACACCUUCGUGAAGUGCGGAUGCCCGUGGCUAUAUGACCAUGAUGUCACUAUCCAAGGCCGAGCAAACAACCACAUCUUCAAGCAUGAGGGCAAGACCAUCUUACUCCGUCCUGCGAAGCCUGAGCCUAAAGCAAAAGGUCUAAUCCCCACGAAAGGAUCCACUUCUAAACCUAUCAACCUUCACCUCCUUACGGAAAAGCAAUUCAUCGAAGAAAGUAGAGAGGUUGAUGUCAUCCUUGCUGUUGUUUCUAAAGUCAUUUCUCCUCCUGCACCAACACCUGACAACUUCUCAAAAGAAGUGACCCAACUCUUGGACGAGUUUAAAGAUGUUGCACCUGAGGAGUUACCUCCUGACUUGCCACCCAUGAGGAACAUCCAGCAUGCAAUUUUGGUUCCAGGAUCACAGCUCCCCAACCUUCCACACUAUAGGAUGAACUCUAAAGAUCGGGAAGAGCUCAAUCGUCAGGUUAACAGCUUACUUGAGAAGGGCUAUAUCCAGCAUAGCCUUAGUCCUUGUGCUGUCUCUGCCCUUCUGAUUCCGAAGAAAGACGGCUCGUGGAGAAUGUGUGUUGAUAGUCGAGCCAUAAACAAGAUAACUGUCAAGUACAGGUUCCCGAUCCCUAGGUUAGAGGACAUGCUUGAUUUCGUGUCUGGGUCUAAGUGGUUCUCCAAGCUUGAUCUUCGUAGUGGUUACCAUCAGAUUCAAAUCAGACCAGGAGAUGAGUGGAAGACCGCAUUCAAGACACAAGAUGGACUGUACGAGUGGCUUGUUAUGCCAUUUGGCUUAACAAAUGCCCCGAGCACAUUUAUGCGAAUGAUGACGCAUAUGCUGCAGCCCUAUCUGGGAAAGUUCGUGGUUGUCUAUUUUGAUGACAUCCUGGUUUUUAGUAAGUCCAGAGAUGACCACUUGCACCACCUUAGACAGGUGCUUCUGACCCUUCGGAAGGAGAAAUUUUAUCUCAACCUACCAAAGUGCUCCUUCUUACAGAGCCAAGUUAUGUUUCUCGGAUUCAUCGUCUCAGAACAAGGCUUAUCUGCCGACCCUGCAAAAGUCGGGGAGAAAUGA